GUGAGUAUAGUGUGAGCUAUCUAGCAGUAGCCUUCUCUCUGGCCUCGCGCUGCCUCCUCGCGGUGGCAGCAUUUAAAGGCACGUGUGGUUGCUAAGGGCCCCUGACAACAGACAACGUCUGCAACAUUCACAACAAACCGGGGAGAGGAACAGUUCGAAGCGGCAUUUGAUUACAUAUUCGGAAGCAAUUAUCUCACUGAAUUACUGCUUUAUUACUUUGUAGAGAACUUGUCGAGCAGUGCGAGAUAAUGUCGGGUAUUCUUAACACAGUUUUAUCUGAGAUGAACUGGGACGAGCGCUUUGCUAUUCCCGAACCCAACGCUGAAAACAAGGCUUUGAUAGAAGAGAUUCGUAAGAAAGAGACGGAGUUGGUGCAGCUGGAAAACAAACUCGAGAGAAACAAGGAUCAAAAGCAGUACAUGACCGAAUACCUCAAAAAUGCUAAACAAGAGCAGGAAAACACAGAGGCUCUGUGCAGGGCAAUGGAAAGAGAAGAAGAGUUAGAGAAACACCUCACAGCACUCGUGGAAAGGGAGACAGGCCGCCUGGCACAGGAGACUGCGAAGAUGGAGAAGGAAAAUCGAUCUCUGGCAGAGAGGAGGAACAUGUUAGAGAACCAUAUCUUCAAGGCCAAACAGAAGCUAGAGGAGUUCAGGAAACAGAUGAAGUGGGACCAGCAGACUAUGGAUGCCUUUAUAGAGGAGUCAGCUCACAAACAUGAGGACACAAUGGCCAUCAUCAAGUACGCCCAACAAGAUGAUCAGAGGAUCAAGUCACUCACUCUGGCUAUAGAGAAGAAAACGCUGGAGGCAAAAGAAAAGCGCAAAGCACUUGACAAAGAAUUGACAGAGACUUUAUCUGCACAGAUUGCUUUGGAUAAAACUACAGAAAAUCUACAGCAGGCCCACCUGGAGACACAGCAGCUCAUCCACCAAUGGGAAAACACUAUCAAGCAGAUGAAGCAACGGGACGCUGAGAUGCAGCAGUGUGCACUGCAACUUGCCCAAGCCAAUCAGAACAUCAGGGGAAAAAAUGCCACCAUUACAGAGAUGAAGCACUUGUUGGAGACUCAGAGGAAGAACAACAAUGAAACUGAGAGGAAGAUAAACAUGUCCAAUCGACAGGCCGUUAAGCUACGACAAGAUUUGAAGGAGAAGGAGGAUGACUGCAGCAGACUCCAGGAUGAGCUGGAUAGCUGCAAAGUUACACUGGACAGAACAACCUCUGACGUGCAGUCGAUGAUAUCCCAUAUAUCUGGACUGAAGAAAGACAUCGAGGAUAACAAUAAAAAGCUCAAGGAGGCCAGCGCCUACAAUGUUGCUCUAGAAGAGAAGCUGAAGGUUGUGACUCAGACUGCCCUCAGUGAGGAGGAGAGAGCUGCACAGAUGGACCAGUUCCUCAAGGAUGAGGAACUGGCAAUCAAAGAGUUGGAAGUCCAGCUGCGUGAUCGCAGGAAGGAGCUUUUUUGUCGUAAAGAGCAUUUGCAGGCCCUCAAGACAAAGGAGAAGGAUUCUAUUGCCCAAGUUUCGAGGAGUAAAUCCACCAUCACCAGCCUGGCCAGCCAGCUCAUAAAACAGGAGAAAGAAUUAAUAAGGCAGCAGACGACCAUGACAAGACAGGACUCUCAGAUCAUCCUCCUGGGUAAAAAACUUGCACAGCUGCAAGGUGACAUUAACUCAGAUGAAAAGCAAGCACUAGACAUGAAGAUUGCUGAGCUGACUGAAGCCCUGGAGGAGAAGAAGAAGACAGCCAAUAUGCUUACCAAUACGCUCAAAGAGUCUGAGGAUGAUAUUCGCUAUAUGAGGAAAGAAAAGGAAAAGUCUGAAGUUCAAAAAAGAGAUCUGACCAACAAGGUAGAGGAGCUCAGGCUCCUCUGUAACACCAGUGAAAAUGAACUGAAGAGACUCAGGCUCAGGAAGCAGGACAAAAUGGUGGAGCACAACAUAGUCAAGAUGGAGGUGAAGCGUGUGAGAGAUCUGCUGUACAACAAGGCGGACAACAUGUUGUCUCUGGAGAAGAGAAAGCUGGAGCUGCAGAAAGCCAUGAAGGAGAGGGAGGAUGAGAUCAAGGUCAACAGAGAAAUGCUCAACCAGCAGCUUAAGAUCAGUGAGCAAGAGAGACAGAGACUCAGUGCUGAACUGAAUGAGAAACUGUCAAAGAUCGACAUGUUGAAGAAGCGCUUUGAAGUCUUGACACUUUCAAUGGCAGCUCCUGAAGGGGAAGAGGAGAAACCGCAGGCUUACUACAUCACAAAGGCUGCACAAGAGAAAGAGGAGCUCAGGCGCAAGGGAGACAGUCUGGAUGCUAAAAUACACAAGACAGAGCUGGAGAAUAAAGCUCUGGAAAAUACCAUUCAGCUGUUCAACUACAGUAACUCAGCAUUUCGCAAAUCUCUCAACAAAGCUAAUGAAUCCAGUCCAGAGUACCAAGAAAAACUCAAGUUAGAACAGCAGCUGAGGGUGGCUGAACAGACACUAAAGCAUAAGAAAAGACAGGUCCAAGAGCUCCAACAGGACUUACAGGACAAGAACAAUACCAUGGAGACUCUGCUUCAAGAAGAGGAAGUGGAGAAAGAUAAGAUAGAGCACAAAAAGUCGCUCGUCAGUAAACUGAACAAAGAAAUCGCUUCCCAGCAAGAGAAAAUUGACAGAGCAAGAAAGCAGUGUUCAAAGUUGGUCAAAGAGAUCCGCUCAGCAAAAAACUCCAAGACUGAGACUUUUGAGGAGAAGGACAUAAAGCUGAGGGAGUUGAAAGAAUUCAACAAGAGCAUUGACAGGAUGCUAAAUGAGGCCAUGAAGGACAAUCCUGAUCUCAGAUCAGUGUUGGAGAAAUACUUCCUGGAGGCCAGUCUGUCCCUUCCAUCUCCGUCUUCCACUCCCUCCAGCAAUCGGAGUUCAAAGACAAACUCUGCCUGCUGUUCUGCCCCUCUCAGGUCUCCUGCGUCCUCAGCCAGCAGCAGCCCCAGGGCCUCCUCACUUCACUCCCCGGUACUGAAGACUGUAAAACUAGACUUGGAUCUGACUGGGACUUCCCCUCCUCUCACCACCUCCAAAGGUUCCAGCUCUGCAUGCAGCAGCAGGAGCAGCAGCAGCAGAAAGUUAAAGAGCCCAUAGUGUGUUGUUCCUCUGUCUGAUGGCUGAUUUUGACUUUAUUGUUUAUUUGCUGAUGUAGAGAAAAACCAUAAACACUUCGGCCUACAAGAGAAAGGGGGAUAUAGUCACUUAAAGUUAGUUAUAGUUAUAUGAAUACAUGUUUUAUCUCAUACAAUUCUGAAAUGUGUUGUAAAAAGAGGUUCGGGGUAGUUUAGUUGUGGUGUUGUUCUGUACUUUGAUGCAUUAAAAAGUCUGUUAUUGUCGUCACGUGUAGUCACGAUAUUUAUUCCUGUAAAUCUAAUGUUUCCAGUGUGCUCACAAUUUAUAUGUUGUCAGACUUAAACGAAAAUCUGAAUAGACUUUUUCUCCCUUUAUAUUAAAAGCAGAAACAACGUACUGGUCUUUUCUUUCCUGUUCUAUAGAUAUUUUUAUCUUUAAAAUGUAACUUACUCCAAGUCAUCUCAAUAAAAAGCAGC